AGCACACUAUUUAAGGCCAGCACACGAGAGCUGGCUGUGAGUCACAGCUCCGGGAGGGCAGCAGCAGCUCCACGUCCCCCAGCAGCCAGCACACCGAGGGAAGGGACCCUUCCCCUCACCAUGGCUUCCCUGGGGCAGAUCAUCUUCUGGAGGUACUCUGAGGGAGGCCUUCUCCAAGGCGAAGCAUUUAUUCAACAAACAUUUAUUAACUCCCUACCAUGUUCUAAGAACUGGAAGAACAGCAGGAAUAAAACGCAGAGUGUUAUUAGCAUCAUCAUUAUUUUGGCUGGAGCCAUUGCCCUUAUCAUCGGUUUUGGUAUUUCAGGGAGACACUCCAUUACAGUCACUACUCUGACCUCAGCAGGAAACAUCGGGGAGGAUGGAAUCCUGAGUUGCACUUUUGAACCUGACAUCAAACUUUCUGAUAUCGUGAUACAGUGGCUGAAGGAAGGUGUUAUAGGCUUGGUACAUGAGUUCAAAGAAGGCAAAGACGACCUGUCAGACCAAGAUGAAAUGUUCAGAGGCCGGACAGCAGUGUUUGCUGAUCAAGUGAUAGGUGGCAAUGCCUCUCUGAGGCUGAAGAACGUGCAACUCACAGAUGCUGGCACCUACCAAUGUUAUAUCAUCACCUCCAAAGGCAAGGGGAAUGCUAAUCUUGAGUAUAAAACUGGAGCCUUCAGCAUCCCAGAGGUGAAUGUGGACUAUAAUGCCAGCUCAGAGAGCUUACGGUGUGAGGCUCCCCGAUGGUUCCCCCAGCCUACAGUGGUCUGGGCAUCCCAAGUUGACCAGGGAGCCAACUUCUCAGAGGUCUCCAAUACCAGCUUUGAGCUGAACCCUGAGAAUGUGACCAUGAAGGUUGUGUCUGUACUCUACAAUGUCACAAUCAACAACACAUACUCCUGUAUGAUUGAGAACAACAUUGCCAAAGCCACAGGUGAUAUCAAAGUGACAGACUCUGAGAUUAAAAGGCGGAGUCACCUACAGCUGCUGAACUCAAAGGCGUCCCUGGGUGUCUCUUCUUUCUUUGCCAUCAGCUGGGUACUCCUGCCUCUCUCCCCUUACCUGAUGCUAAAAUAAUGUCCUCUGGCCACACAGAAACAUGCAAAGUCAUUGGUAUGACAGGUGAGAUGAAUCACGAAUGGUGUGGGGAUUGGAUCUGUGUGUGCUGUGUUCCUAACAAGAGUCAAGCAACCUCCAGCAACAGCCUCAGAAAGAAACAUUUGACAAUGCCAGGGCAGUGGGCACUGUUCCUACUGGUCUUGUGAAAGGUAAAUAUGUGUGAACAAAGAGUGUAGAUCUCAUCUAUACACUUACAGCAAAAACAACUCUGCAAGUCAAAUAUUUGUGCAAAUUCAAACAUCUUUUCUUUUACCAAGUUAUCUAGCCACAGGGCAAAAAGAGAAAGAGAAAGAGAUGUUGAGCCCCGAGAGUUCCUCUGGAUUUCACGGUUAUCUUAUAAAGCCUCAGGACACGCAUAUACACACUCACACAAGUGACUUCCUCCCUAGCCCCAUCAACAAAGCUCCUACUGACCAGAAGUUUAACAAAUGACUCCCCAGCCGGCUCCCCGUGUUGAGACUUCUGCCUGUCACUUCAGUCCUCUGGCUCCAAUUAUUGGUAGGAUAUUGCUCCCCGAAUAGUCUUGUAUGGAGUCUGUGUGGCUGAGUUCAUGAAGCUCCAGCCAGCACUGCCCCAUGACUCAGCGGCAUCACCACAAGGCAUCCGGGCUCGCAAGCUUAGAGCUAUUUCCAUCCCCCUCUAUCCUUGACAUUCAAGGCCGCAUGGCAUUUUCCUGGGUUGUCCCUCAGACCGACCCUAUUUCAGCCUCCAUUAUUUCAUACACCAGCCUAGUUCUAAAACCCUAUACUUGCUUCUUCCUCUCCCUGCAUCCACUGAUAGGAAAUAAGAUGCCAAAUAUAUAUAUAUAUAUAUAUAUAUAUAUAUAUAUAUAUAUAUAUAUAUAUUCCAAUGCUAUUUUCAUCACAGCAUUCCUUUGCUCUGGAACCUAAGGUGACUCUCUGGGCACUCUUGUGUCAAAGUCCUCAGCCAUGUGGUCACAGCUCUCUUUGAGUUUCUUUCCUUGCGCUUCCUGCUUCUGUCAGCUGCCUGCUCUGCUCUCUGGCCUUGCUCCCUCUCUCAUGGCCCUUCCUGGAAGUCUCCUAGACUCGCUGGCAGUUCAAAGCCACACUUCCUUCACCCAUUUCAAUUAAGUGCUUCCCAGCUUAUAGCCCACUUUCCCAGUGGUCUGUUUCUUCCAUAUCCCCUUGGCAUGCAUGAAUAAUUCAUGAUAUCUUACACUCUCGAAGGCACGUAUAAUCCUUGCCCAGAUUGUUAAGUAGGGCAGGCAAAGAUCUGUUGACCGCUUUUCCUUCUUUCUCUUCUCCAAACACAACAGUGAAGCACAGAAAAUGGAUUCUUUAUAAGGAAACCCACCGGUUCCCACCUCCACGGUUUUCAGCGGAGAGAGAUUUCCCUGAGGAAACGCUCCCUUGAGGAUCUCACUAGCAGAAAAGGAACACGUUCUUCUUUCCUUGAUUCCCCAUGACACUAUAAAUGAAUUUUUAACAUUCUGCAACUAGAUAAUCUGACCUACAAAGUACGGCUUAUUCAUCUCUAUCUUGUAUUUCCCUUCGAGCAGUAAUUGGCAGCCUUUUUAAAAGCCAUGACGUGCAUGUAAGAAUGUUCACUCACAGCAUACAUAGUUAUAUACGAUUAUCAGAUUAGCUACAACCCCAAGUCUUUCUCCAUACAACUACAGAGGCAUAACCUUAAAUCAAUUUUUAAAAAUAAAUAAGUAGAUUAUCAUUACUUGUAAAAACCAUAAGGAACUGUGGGGGAAGGUCAUUGAAAAGAUGUGACUGUCAGUUGACUCAUGAGCUAGACCCAGGUGAUCAGGGGCUCUUCACCUCCACCCCUGUCCUUGGGACAAGGAUCCCACUUGUCUGUCUUGCUCCCAGAGGCUGCUCCAAGGACACAGCCUUGAGAUAAUAUUGUGGUGUUGAGAACACCUUGCACAGUAUAUGUGACCGAACCUAGUAAUGGCCUCUAUAUUAACUUUUACGACUUGCAAGGAUCUACUCGUCUUCUUGGUACCCAGGACAAGCCUCGUGUAUAAAUGACCUUUGCUUACUGAAACUGCCACCCACCAACCUGGAGUGGCCUGGAGUGGCCUGCCUCUUUCUUCUGUCUCUCUCUGCCCUACAAGUAAGGGGGUGUGGUUUCAGACUACUCCCAGGGAGCUCCUGGGAGGGUUGCACAUCAAACCGAUGCUGAGCACAACAUUUUAGGUCACAUACAUUCUUUGGUUGGACACUCAAGCAGAAGUCAUCUUUCUACUUCUACCCAGGAGACUGCUCCUGGCUCAUCUCUCUGUUCCUGUUUGCUCUAAGCAUGAUCCCCUUCCUGAAGAAGAGACUCAAGCCAUCUCAUCCCCCAGCAACCCAUGGUAGCAAGUGGUCUUGAUAGAACAUCAUCAAAAUAACAGAAAAAUGAGCCCAUCUCUGAACAAGAGAUACCCUCAUACAGGCACAGAGACAACUGGUUCUCCAUAAAUGUUUACUGAAUGGUUGUAAGGACACCCUAUUUGUGUUAUUUUCAGAAUCCCAGGAAUCUGCAGAACUAUUUCACAGUAAGAUCUGACCUAGUUUUGUAUUUCUGGGGGGAAAUGAAUUCAUGUCUAGAGGUUUGGAAUGAACAAAUAAGAUCAAGAAGCAAAAAAAAAAAAAAAAAAAGUCAAAAGCAACCCACAGAAGACUCCAAUAUGAACCAGAUAAAUCUCCCUUCAAAGACAUGUAUUAAAAGCUGGAAACAUAACUCAUCUGAACUGGAUAUGUGUUAGGACUAAGUCAAUUGCAAGUGGAGACAAGUGGAUCUCUGUACCUCAGGGACCUCCCCUUACUAACCAGCAACCCCCGCCAGCAACAUCCAGGGAGUAAGAGGAUGGGAUAUUGCCUCUGACUUGUCUCUGCAUCUUUAUAUUGCUAUAAUAUUGCUCUAAGUUCCCAGAAAGUUUUGACUUGCAAUACCUCCACAUUUUAUAAUCCAUAAAUUAAACCUCAGUAUAUAUAGUAAGAAGCUGCUAAUUAGUUGCCACGUCACAAUUUAGAGGUAGUGAUGGGUCAAAUAACUCACCUUUCCUUAGGAUGCUGCCAAAAGUGCCUUGGAAUCUCCUCCCACUUGACAAAUGUUAAAGAAAUGUGGGCACGGUCAUAAUUGUAACUUAAAACAUGUAGUUGGGACACCCUGGUUUCCAAAUUAUCCAAGUAUCUUCUUUUUUAAACAAACCAAUGCCAUUUGAUUUCUCAGAUGACGUGCAUCCUUGAAUGGUCCGGGAAAGGACCUCUCGUCAUCGCUGUAUACGGCAUUAUGUCAACACGAAGUGUCAGGCUCUGACUUUCUAUCUUGCACGGACAGCGAUAACCUCAGCUUUCAACAACAUCUAGAGCGGUGGGACUCACCCAGUGUGAUUUUUCACACUCCUCCCCACACACAGCGGACAUCUGAAAAUGUUUGGAGACAAUUUUAGUUGGCACAACUCAGGGGAGAGGGGAGGGUGCUAAUGUUAUGGAUAGAACCCAGAGAUGCUGCUCAAAAUCCUACAAUGUACAGCAUUAUCCACCCACAACAAAGAAUUACCCAGCCCCAAAUGUCAGUCCUCCAAAAGGAUCUAGAAAAGAGGGAACUAACAAAACCGGUUUGCUUCCUACAGAUAGGCACUAUCCUCUGCCUCUUUGGCUAUUGUCUCAGCACAGAGAGCCAGAGCUCAGGAAGCCAGGAAUUCCUGAUGGACUCAUCUCUAGCAGGUUCCUUUCCCUUCAUUCUAAGGUACAAAUUAGGUUCUGUGAGAGCUGCCUGAGUUCUAUCUCAAUGUCUCUCGCUCCAAAUUCUGAUCUCAGGACCCAGUCACAAUUCCAAUGAAGGAAAUAAAAACAUGUCCCCUCCUUGAAACACACAGAGACUUCUGAAAGCAGGGACAGUGGACCUUUGAAAUGGGACCGGGGAAUAAAGCUUUGAUCAAAAAGAAUGUAUUGUUCACACCCCUCCCCCUUUCCAUACUUUUCACAUGUUGAGGUCUGCCUCCCUGGCACUUUGGACCCACCAUGACUGUAUUACAUUUUGUUAUAGAAAACUUAAGAUUUCUGAGUUCUGACCAUUCAAGAGAAUGAUUAAAUGCACAUUUCCUA